AUGGUACUUGUGUGGUAUCAAAUUUUUGCGGUUGCCAUUAGCGUACCCAAUCUUUCCAUGGCAGCGCGGUCACCGCCUCCAUGCGGCCCAAAGACCGGCAUUCUGUGCCAUGAGCCUCAGCCAAUCGGAAUCGAUAUUGGGAUGGACUACAUGUGUGUCUUCCGCAUAUUCUCUCGUACCCACACUCACUCUGUCAGACAUGCCGUCUACGCCCGCGAUGCCUUAAAUUUUACGCUCAUUGGUAGAGUGCAGACUGGAUCCGAGCUCCUUGCCCACAUGGUGAUUAUGCUAAAUAACCGAGAUGCGAAACAGAAGUAUUUCGAAGAGCAUGGGGAGAUCCGGAGGCAGCAAGCAAUAGACGCCUUCGCAAAAGAGCUUCGAAGAGUGAAAGAGAUGGCGUUUCAGGACCACAACAUCACGAUCAAUUCCGCUGUCAUCGCAAGGCCUCAUUGGAUGUUCAAUGAAUACGGCUGGCUUCUCGAUGAUGCCGUUACCCAGGCCGAAAUUGAGUGGAGAGAGUCAGGGGAGGCUCGUGGGAAUUUCGCUAUUCUUACGGUUCCUCCUGAGAAGAAAGGUCGCGCCCUAGUGCUUGAGCAUAGCCAUUGGCAGUUCACUAUUCGCGAGUAUGAUCUCGACCGUCACUCUGAGACUUGGUCGAUGGAUGGAGAUUUCCUGCACAACCUCAGUGGUCAAUCCGCCGUCUCGCGAAUAUUUUCCAUCCUUCGCGACAAAGUGCAAAGCUCUAGUGGACAGGUAAAAGGUAACCCAGAGGCGAGAGAUAUCGAUUUAAUGGCAUGGAAAAUCAUGGUCGCAAGACAAGAAAUACUCCGAAUUUUAUGCCACAAUCCUAACGCGCCUAUACAACGAAUGAUUGAUUUGUCUGCUGUGUUCACAGAAGAGACUCGAGUUUCUCUCACGGCGAGUGAUGUUAAAUUGGUGGAGCAUACGAUGAUUGAGGAGUUUGUGGGCGUUCUUGAAGGGUGUGUAACAAAGCAAGAUCUAGUUUGGGACUAUUAUGAAGGCAAGAACCUACUUUUCCAAUCGUCUUCACACUCUAAAAAGGGUUAUGCAGCACAACCAUACUUCAACGCGCUCGAAUUUGAAGCAUCCCACUACAUCGAGAGGAAAACUGUCUUGGACGAGUUUCGGCACUCAACUCUCCCUCCCUGGCCCGUCAAAUCAUGGUACAAGCCCUUCAGCAAGAUCAUUAUCAUUGGUUGUUCGCAGGAUAUACCGCGUAUUGAAGCCGCUUUGAAUCGGCUUUCACCACUUCUCUUACCCCAAGAAGCGGUGCGCCAACUUUUUCCGCCGUGUGAAGUUGUCGCACGAGGCGCGGCUGUGAAAGCACUAAGGUUUAUUGAGAUGGACGCGAAGUUGAAAAGAGCAUCAGAGACAGCCGACUGGAGCGACCCGGAGUUGAGGAAGCUCCUUGAAGCGCGUAUACCCUCGGGAUAUUGGUAG